ACUUCGGUCACAUGACGAUGUUUUGCAUUUUGCACUAGCCGUGACUAGGAAGAUGAAACGAACGAGGUUUAAAUGGACUUUAUUUAACUUAGUCUCUCUAUUUUUUGGAAUAACCUAUAGUUUAGAAUGUAGUCCAUCUACUUUGCCUCUUGAAUUUUCGUCGUUUUAUUUUCUUCGCCAUCAAGAAUCUGUGUUCCCUGAUGUUACGUUUCAAAGUUUAAAAGAUGAUAAUCCGGAGUCAAAUAUGACUGACGCAUGCUGUUCAUACUUAGAUCAUUUUGCGAACAGCGCUUCAAACUUCAUUAAAUGUUCAAUAGAACGAUCGAGGCCGUUCAGAUUCUGUGAGGAGUGUGUGAUACCUUAUGCAAGGGCGAAAAGCAUUUAUGAAGAUAUUGAAAAGAAUGUUGGAGGCUGCCAUGUUGUUUUACUGGAUGCAGACAGAGUGCAAUCAAUAUUACAGAUCUAUACCAUGAUAAAGACUCUCUGGGAUAAAUCCUAUUGUGACAAUUGCUUUGUACAAGAAUCCAUCAAAGAGGAUCAAAAUGGGACGGUAACCUACGAGUUUAACACCGAUACUAUCGACUUCCUAGACCAGUACAAAAACCUGACAUUAUGUAUAAAACCGUACACCAACGACACUUAUCCAGACAUCAAUAAAGAGACAGUCAUCAACAAAACAGUCUGCAGUGCCUGCCUACAGGAUUAUUCCACACUCAACAGUCAUUUUAAGGACAUCAGGAAAACCACUGGUGGAAAAAUAUGCAUGGACCUUGUUGACAUGAUGAACUACACGCGGUUAAUGUGGGGAGGGGAGACGGACCUGAACUGUACCCAGCAUGACAGAGACGACAUGCCUGUCUUACUGACCAGCUUCAUCAUCCUGACCACCCCCCUGCUGUUCUACGGCGCCAGCUGUAUCUGUGGGGAGAGGAGGAAACUCAAACUCUUGACACAGAAGAGACUGAAGAAUCCGAUAUCUGUGGAAGUUUCCCACCUGAACCAUAGCUCAGAGGGUAAUCACGUCUAUAGCCACACCAACAGCGUGUCCUAGAAUCUCUGUCAUCGUAGGGGUCUUACAAGAGUCUUACAGGGGUCUUACAGGAGUCUUACAGGACUAUAAAUUCCGACCAGCACAUCUACCUUCUCUGUGUCAUUUAUGGCAUUUACAGACAACUCAAAGAAGUUUCAAAAGAAUUGUUGAUAUUCUGUUGU